AUGUUUUUAUACAAAUUUUUAAAAGAAUUUUCAUUGGUCAAUGUAUACUAUUAUACAAGGACAACUUUUUAUUCUUUAUGUGUCCACAUAACAAUUGAAAGAAUGUAUUCUUUAAUACAUUUAUUUAUUGCAUUUCUGUUAUUACAAGGAAUAUUUAUUACAACAACUUUAGCAUCACUUGUUCAAAAUAAUAGUUAUAUCAGACCAUGUUAUUUUACAAAUUGGGCUCAAUAUCGUCAAGGACAAGGAAAAUAUAUGCCUGAAGAUUAUAUACCAGGAUUAUGUACACAUAUCCUUUUUGCUUUUGGAUGGAUGAAUGAAGAUUAUACUGCAAAAGCUUAUGAUCCUGCUGAUUUACCUAAUGAUUGGGCUGGUGCUGGAAUGUAUGCUAGAGUUAAUAGUUUAAAACAAAGAGAUCCUAAUUUGAAAACAUUAUUAUCUUUUGGAGGAUGGACUUUUGGGACAAGACUUUUUGAAGGCAUGUCAUCAUCACCAGAAAAUAGAAAAAGAUUUAUUGAUAGUGUUAUUACAUUUACAAGAGCAUAUGCUUUUGAUGGUAUUGAUAUUGAUUGGGAAUAUCCAAAAAGUGAUAUUAAUAAAAUUAAUUAUGUAUCUUUUAUACAGGAAUUAAGAGCUGCUGCUAAUGAUGAAUCUAGUAGAACAGGAAAAAAUAGACUUUUGAUAACAGCUGCAGUUUCAGCUGCUGUUGAAACAAUAAGAGGUGGAUAUGAUAUUCCAGCUUUAGCUGAUCAAUUUGAUUUUAUUCUUUUAAUGUCAUAUGAUUUUCAUGGUACAUGGGAAAUUUUUACAGGUUUUAAUGCUCCACUAUAUCCAAGAAAUGGUGAAACUAAUACUGAAUGGAAUGUUGCUGGUGCUGCUCAUUAUUGGGCUCAAAAUGGAAUGCCAAAAAAUAAAAUUAUUAUUGGUGGAGCAACAUAUGGUCGUGGAUGGACAUUAACAAAUACAAGUGAAUUUGGUGUAGGAGCAUCAGGUAGUAAAGCUAUAACAACAAAAUUUGUCGGAGAAGCAGGUGUUGGUGCAUACUAUGAAUUUUGUGAAAUGUUAGCUUCAGGUGCUACAAGAUAUUGGGAUGAUCAAGCUAAGGUACCAUAUUUAGUAUUUGGUGAUCAAUGGUUUUCUUACGAUGAUGUUGAGUCAAUUCAAUAUAAAGCUGAAUUUGUAAAAGAACAUGGAUUUGGUGGAAUGUUUGUUUGGACAUUAGAUUUUGAUGAUUUUGGUGGAAGAUGUCCUGGUGGUGAAAAUAAAAAAUAUCCACUUAUAAGUAAAAUUGCUGAAGUUCUUGGAGAAAGUGUUUCUUCUACAACUAAAAUUACAACAACAUCAAGUACUUUAACAACAACUCCACCAAAUGAAUUAGAUGGAUUUUGUGAUGAUUUACCCGAUGGUUUUCAUUCUUUGGCUCCAUAUUCAUGUAUUCAAUUUAUGCUUUGUCUUAACAAUUCUUCAUUUUUAAUGGAAUGUCCUUCAAAUUUACAAUAUAGCGAAAAAUUUGGUUACUGUGUUUUUCCCAAAAAUUCAGGUUGUUCAAGUUCUUUUCCAACAAUAACAACAACUACUACAGUAGUUUCUCCAACUAUUACUACAAAAGCUUCAACUACAACUAAAAAAAUUGUUACAGUAACUAAAAGUUUUGAGAAAUUUGUAUGUACAGUUGAUGGAUUCCAUCCUGAUCCAAAUUCCUGUUUUCGUUUUUAUCGUUGCGUAAAUUUGACUCCAUAUUUAUUUGAUUGUCCUGGAGGACUUGCCUACAACAAAGAAGCAAAACUUUGUGAUCGCAUUGAUACUGCUGGAUGUUAA